AUGAGCGCACGCAAGUUUGCUGGCGAGUACGUCUCGCGACACCUGGACGGGCUGACGGUCCUGGCGUCCCUUGCGGACCGGCCUGCCGCUGCAAAGCCCGUUAUUUGCACACACAACGGAAGCUUUCACUGCGACGAGGCGAUGGCGUGCGGUCUGCUCCGUCAUGUGCCCGAGUACCGCGAGGCCGUCAUCCUGCGCACGCGCGACCCAAAGCAAAUCGAUGCCUGCGACAUCGUCGUGGACGUCGGCGCCAUCUACGACGCCGACACGAACCGCUACGACCACCACCAGGCCAGCUUCCACGGUACCAUGACGACACCGAAGAAGGCGUACAAGACGCGCCUCUCCUCUGCCGGUCUCGUGUACAAGCACUUUGGCCGCCAGAUUAUCUGCGAGUACGUCGAGGCGGUGCUGCAGCCAUCUUCGCCGGCGCGCGCGGCGGUGCUGAGCAUGACGAGUUGGUCGGAGAGCCGCACCGGCCUCUCGGAGGCGGAGCUCGAUGUCCUCGAGGACGCCCUCUACGCACAUUUCGUGGAGCAGGUGGACGGCAUCGACAACGGUGUCGAGUGCUGGGGCCUCGCCGACCCAGCCGUCGGAACUCUCGUGCCCAACUACACGCAGAGCACGAGCCUGUCGCAGCGCAUUGGGCAACUGCAGGCGUACUGGAACGAGCCGGAGAACGGCGACGUCGUCGCCGAGAACGCGAACUUUGCGGUGGCCGUGGAGAUGGCGGUAACGGAGUUCUUCAAAGCACUCACGUACCUCUCCUUCAGCUGGCUGCCGGCCCGCUCCAUCGUCGAGGCUGCCUUUCAGCGCCGCCACGAGUUUGACGAGAGCGGCAAGAUCAUGGUGUUCAAGGGCGUAAAGGCAUGCCCGUGGAAGGACCACCUUCUUGAACUAGAGGCAGAGAGCAACUGCCUUGGCGCCGUGCUCUACGUGGUCUUCUCCGACGGCAAAGGGUGGCGCGUGCAGGCGGUGCCCAAGACAAGUACUAGCUUCGAGAACCGCAAGCCGCUGCCGUACCGCGGCCUGCGCGACGAUGCGCUGAGCGCAGCCUGUGGCAUCGAGGGCGGCGUGUUUGUGCACGUCUCCGGCUUCAUCGGCGGCAUGAAGACGUUUGAUGGUGCCAUGGCGCUGGCGAAACAGGCGCUGGUGGUAGUGAACUAG